UCUAAUUUUUCUUCAUCUUUUUGCUGUAUGCUCAUAUUUUUGUUGGGCCUUGGUUUUUGUGUUUUGGCUGGAUAUGGAAGUGUUAUUUAGAAUGGUGAUUAUGCUUCUUACGUGGGAUUCAUAUGAUUUACAGUGCUUGGUUUUCUUAUUUACUCAAUUAUCCAUAACCGGUGUUAUCAUGUAUCCUUGUUUUGCUUCCCCUUUUGAGUGCUCUGUGGAUUAGGCCCAUCCGAGGUAGUGUUUCAAAGCUGUCGUCUGUUACUUCCCGUUUGUCCAUUCCUCAGAAGUCCUCUUUAUGACAAUUUGAUUGGGAGUCCUUUUUCUAUAGGGGUCGUGCUGCUUGUGGAUAUUGUAAAAUUGGCCUCAUCCUACAUGUAAUUGAUAUUUGAAAUUAUUUAUUUGUUUGGUUAGGAUUUCCAACACACAGUCUCACCAAGUUGCUGCGAGAAAGGAGAGGCAGAUGGAGACAUUGAGGGCUGCUCUGGGAAUUCAGUCAACUGAUCCAAACAAAGAUAUUGCUGAGUUGAGCGAUGAUGGACCAUUUACUGGUGGAAAGAGUGGUCUUAAGAAACCAGAGCAUUCUUUCCUGGAUAGGGAUUUCAAAUGGAAGAAAGAUGCUGCAGAAGAUCUGGACAUUGAAAGGGAUGAUAAGAACAGGGCAGCUGGUGCUGUGAAAAGUAGGAAGAAAGGAGAGGAAGCUGAUGAGGCAGGACAAGAUAGAAGGGCGAAAUCCAAGAGAAAGAAGCAUCAUCACAGUUCAGAAUCUGACACUAGUAGCAGUGCAGAGGAGGGUGAAGUGGUUCGAGGGAAGCAUGGCAAAGCCAUACAUGUUAGUCGUAGUGAUGAGGCCGACAGUGAUUCAGAUUAUGGCAAGAAGAACAGAGCUUCAAAGAAGCAUAACAAGAGCAGAAAACAUAAAAAAUAUAGCAAUGAUUCUGAUUCUGGCCAUGAUACCGACUCUGAUGAUGGGAAGAAUAAAAUUUCAGGCAAGCACAAUAACAGCAAGCAUGGCCGCAAGAGAGAUGACUCAUCUUAUGAUGAUGAUACUGAUUCAGACAGUGGCAAGAAGAAGAAGCAGAAGAAGAAGGAUAUCUCAAGGAAGCCUAAGAAAAUUAGAAGUGGUAGUGAAACUGAUGAUUCUUCUGCCGAUGACAGUGAGGGUGAUGCUGUCAAGAAUAAUCCAAAAGUUCAAUCAGAGAAAAGGCACUCUGAUGAUGGGAAGAAUAAAAUUUCAGACAAGCACAAAAACAGCAAGCAUGGGCGCAAGAAGGAUGACUCAUCUUAUGAUGAUGAUACUGAUUCAGACAGUGGCAAGAAGAAGAAGCCGAAGAAGAAGGAUACUUCAAGGAAGCCUAAGAAAAUUAGAAGUGGUAGUGAAACUGAUGAUUCUUCUGCCGAUGACAGUGAGGGUGGUGCUGCCAAGAAUAAUCCAAAAGUCCAAUCAGAGAAAAGGAUCAAAUCUCAGAGGAGGCGUGACUUUGACCCUGAUGAUGAUUCUGGAUCGGAGUCUGAGUCAUCCAGGCAUAGACUUGAGGAGGCAAGACAGCAUGCCAAAACAAGAAGGCGACAUGACUCUGAUGAUGACUCUGAUGUUGAUGUUUCGGCUAAGAGGAAAGACACCCUUAAAAUGCUCAAAGGUCAUAGUGAUGUGAACCAAAGAAGAGAAAAGAGAAAUUCUGGUGCAGGAGCCCAUUCGAAGAACCGAGACUCUGACAUGGACAACGAAUCAAGUCCAAAGAAAAAUAGAGAACGCAGAUGGGAAUCAACUAAGAAUGUUGCUAAUGUUGAUUAUGACUCUGGCAGUGAUGGGUCUUAUGAAACAAAAGAGAGGAUGAGGAAUAAGGAGAAACAUAAUUAUGGAGUGGGAGAAGAGAAGCAAGAUCUGGAUGUUGGGAAGCAGAUUUUUCAGAGAGAAGCUGGUCGUCCUAAGAAAGAUCAAACUGUUGGAGAAGAAUUGGAGAGUAAAUUGUAUCGGGAUGAUGGUCAUGGUCGUUACUCUAGGUCGCUGAAUUCCAGGGAUGGUGUCUCUGAGAAGGUUGGGGAUGCAGAGAGAACGGAGUAUAAGGCUGAUGAAUCUCCAUAUGGAAGUCAAAUCCGCCAACGAUAUCAUGAAGGAAAUGACAGGGAGAAUAAGGACCGUAGGGAAGAGCGGCAAAAGUAUAACAAAAACUCCAAGGAAGAAAGGGGGAGGGACAAAAGCUACACCAGAGAAGAGCAGGGAAGAGACAAAGAUGUUAGAGAAGAGCGUGGAAGGGACAGUUUGGAUGCUAGGGAAGAACAUGGAAGAGAGAAACGAGAUGAUAGAAGGGACAUCCGAGAGGAACAUGGAAGAGAAAAAAGGGACACCAGGAAAGAGCACGCAGGUGACAAAAGAGAUGUGAGAGAAGAUCGUCGAAGUGAUAAAAGGGACGUUAGGGAAGAACGUGGAAGAGACACUAGGGAAGAUCGUGACAGCAGAGACAUUAGGGAAGAAAGUGGAAGGAACAGGAGCCAUGCUAGGGAGGAAGAAGAUGGUCAUAGAAUUAGAAGGUAUGAUAAAGUUGAACAAGAGGGUGAGCAACGGAAAGGCUUUACCGACAAUGAUGAUGUUCAAAAGCGUGGAAUUCUGAGGCAUGAAAGGGAGGAAGAAGGGCAGCAACAAAGUAGAGAUGAUGGGUUGGUUUCCUCCAAGAGAGCCCGACAUGAUGAUGAGUCACGUUAUGAAAAUGACAGACGCAGUGACAGUCGACGCCGCUACCGGGACUGACCGUCUCCUGUUGCAUGAAGCUAUUUAAAUGGUAUGAUUAUGAGAAUGUUUCUUAUAUAUUUUUUCAUGCGAGAUUUUCAUUAUAGAUAAUUUAACUCUCUUUAGUAAUUAGUAGGAAAUCCAUUGAGCAUGAGUAGGUCGGGUGCACAGCAGACAGGAUGGUGAAAUGUAGGAUACAAUUUCGAAGGAACUAUUGUGUUGUUGACUAAUAUGUUAUGUGAUGUUUUACCAAUGUCAGCCACUUAAGCCACUCUGUCAUACAUAUUUGUUAGGCUGUGUGGACAAGUGCGGAGUGGAGCUGACCUUGGCUGAUUAUAAUAUUUUCAUGUAUCACCUGACCGAUGCUUGUUGUUUGAACUGUCAUGCAAACUCCAGCUUGUUUUGUGAAGUUCUUGUAUAUCUUAGUAUGGACUUCUCUAAUGGCAGACAUGGUUAUCUCACUCAUGUUUAGGUAAUUCAUCUAUAUUUCCAAAUGACAUGUUUACUGCUGUCUUGCCUUCCAGGAAGAUGGAGGAGAGGACUAUCCUUAUUAUGUGUGGACAGUGGCCAAGUGUUUUGAAAGAAGCAGCAGAUAGCGUAUCUGCGUGGUACAAGAACCGGAUUAACAUCGAUACGAUCAGCAGCUAGAUGCCGGAGUUUCCUCAUUCCAUCUGUGCUCCAAGUACGGCAGCCAAAGAAAACAACGUUAAGCACGGCUACUUGGAGCGGAAAGAGUCAGAGCCUAAAUGUUUAAAUGCUUCAUCCAUAUCGAAUGUGAUCCGUGGCUUAAUGUAGAACAUAAUGAUUUUAUUAGAACAUGUUUACGUUGUUUGACGAUUGGGCUUGGAACAAAUUGCAGAUUUUGAUAUUGUUGAGAUGUUGCCAUCAUUGUCAAUAACUUCUUAAUAUUCAGUUGCUAUGUUUCAUGGGAUGCAUGUGGUGUAAGUAUUUUUAAUAAUUUUUUAGUUGUCACGUCACUAAAUUAAUGAUCAACUUUGAGAUUUGACUGCCACAUCAGCUAAAGUUAACAGAGUUGGACGAGGAAUGAUCAAACGUGAACGGUUUCAGUAAACUAAAGUACCACUA